AACAUUCACCCGUGCUCCAAACACCAAAGAAUCAUUACCAAAAUGAUGAAAUUGACCAUCGUUGUCCUGGCCGUCCUGGCUGUCGUUGCUGCAGGAGAAUACGAGCACCACGACUACCAUUCGCAUCCGAGCUACAAGUUCGAGUACGGCGUGAAGGACCCCCACACUGGUGAUCACAAGAGCCAGUGGGAACAUCGAGAUGGAGAUGUCGUCAAGGGAGCCUAUACCCUGCAUGAGGCCGAUGGAACUGAGCGAGUGGUCGAGUACUCGUCGGACAAGCACAACGGAUUCCAGGCUCACGUAAAGCGUGUGGGUCAUGCUCACCAUCCGGAGGUGUAUGGACAUCAUGAGGAGGGUCACUCGUAUGGUGGACACGGACAUGGACAUGCCAGCAGCUACGCCAAUGGAAACCUCUAUCAGCACCAUCACUGA